AUUUUCAUAAUUUUUUGGAAUGGUUUAUCUUUUAGAAACAUACGUUUCUGCUUAGUUACUCUUCCUGAAGAGCAAAAUUCUUGAUCCUAGAAAAGUGCCAAUAAUUCUGCUUUUAAAAAAGAUUCUGCUGUAAUCCUUUAAAUGUUACUUAAGAUGGAAAACAUCAUUUUUAUAUGGAAUGCAUUGAUCUGAAUAAAAACAAAAGCAUAAAAAUACCAAGGGUAUAAGAGGCUAGCUCUGGGAUGGAGGGUUGGGGUUCAGCAAAUGGGUGACAACUGGCAGGCUCUGAAGAACAGAACGAUUGCCUGAAAUACCAAUUCCAGUUUCUAGGGAAUCGGGGCUUUAUGCCAUUUAAAUGAAUCCAGGAAUGCAGCACUGAGAGAAUCUGUCGGGUAAUUGUUUCACACGAACUCCUUUUUCUUGGUCUAUGGUGGAAAACCAGGAGACAGUCACAGUGUUGUUAUGAAGAGAGGAAACCCCAUAUCGCAGCGGGAUGUGCUCACAGUUGCAUGUAGCACCUCGCAUCUUGCCAGCUGGACACAAGCACUUGGAUAAUCCUGAGUCUGAAAGGGACAUUUGAUUGCCGAGGACAAAUCCAGCUUUGUAAUUCUGAGAGUAUUGCCACACUGAUGAGAGGGGAGGUGAAGGUGAUAUUUCAUCCAGUGUUCCCAGCUCAUCCUCUCCUUACCUGACCUCUGAAAUGGAGCCAUGGGCUUUGAAAAGCCUGUGUCUAAAAUUAAUAUUCUUCUCUAUCUGACUAAGAUGGCAACAGCUCAGCAACAUGAGAUCAAGGACCAUAUCAGUUUAAACAGGGGCUCAGGAUGGCAUUUAAGAGAGAAGACGCUUCCUCUUGUAGUAGACACUUGUCUUUGUAGAACGGCUCUCCUGACCAGGAGUAAAGACUUCUACCAGGGACCUGUGUGGUCACUUUGAAUUCUGCAAAAUUUCCCUGAAUCUUUUGGAACUUAUAACUAUGCUUGGUGUGGUUCAAAUUGUAUGAUGUCCUCCUAUAAAUGCCAAGAGAACAGAACACUGAAAAGUCACGAUUGUGUCUUGACUUACAAAUCAGAGGCAGAGGGAAACAAAACCCGCAGUCCAGAGAGCAGCCUAAUUGGGCUCACCACCAAGAUGCUGAAGGUGAAGCAGCUAGAAGAAAUCAACAUAUGCUACAGCAGCAACAGGCUGGAGGAAAUGACAUUUUUCCAGUGCAUGGAAGAGGUGGAGAAAGUGAAAUGUUUUCUGGAAGAAAAUGCUGGUGAACUAGAUUCAAGAUCUGCAAUGGACGAGGCUAAGGAGAAGGCAUGGUUGAACCCUGGCCGGAAAGAAAGGACACCCAUCAAAGGUGAAAGGACAUCAGUCAUCACAGAGAGAACUGCCAAGAAGGAUCACCUCUUCUCCGAGAAAGAAAAGGUUGACAAGCUCAACAAGAAAAAUGCUGAGAAGACCAGUGCCUCUGUAGCUCAGCUCAGCUUUGCCAUCUGCCCUGCAGAAAGAGGAGGUGAGGAGGAAGAAUUUGCCUCGGUACAUUCCAUAGAAGCAAGAGAGGAGACAGGCGGAGAAGAUAUGUCAUGCACACAGAGCCCACAGAAACAGGAACAUAAUAGUGCUGGAGAUGACAAGCAAGCCACUGUGGGUAAAAAUGAAUGUCUAAUGUUCGAAGGGGAGAAAAAUGGGCUCCAUCCCAAGGAAGACAGUGGAAGGGAAGCUGAGGAAGGAGGAUCAGCGACUGCAAGCAAAACUGUGCUGGACCAAUGUUCAAGUAAAAAGCAACACACUGAUCCAAACAAUUCUGAUCAUCCCUGGACAAGGUGUGUCAGCAGCAUAGAGGCUAUUUCUACAUUGGGAAUCCGAAGGAAUUCCACAACAGGAUCCUCUUUCCAGAUCUCUGAGCAGACAGAGUCAGCCAGCAGCAGUAAGCGAAGGGUAACAGAGGAGGAGAGCGGUUUGGAUGAGGACAACAAGAAGAGCAGGAUGGAUGCAGCGGGUGAAGAGGGCAUGUUUGUAAAGACACAUGAAGCCAGCAGAGACCAGAGGGGUACACAGGACAAACUGCAGGAGUCCGCAGGAGCAAAGACCCUCAGAGAGCAGGAUCUGGUGGCCCCACUGGGUGACAUCCCAGCUCCCGCUGCCCCGUUUGACCAUCGUAUUGUGACAGCCAAGCAAGCAGCAGUCAAUAGCUUAUACACCGUGAGCAAAACAGAGAUCUUAGGAGGGGGACGUUUCGGCCAGGUUCACAAGUGUGAAGAGAAAGCAACAGGCCUGAAGCUGGCUGCCAAAAUCAUUAAGACCAGAAGCACAAAGGACAAGGAGGAGGUGCAGAACGAGAUCAGUGUUAUGAACCAGCUGGACCAUGUGAACCUCAUCCAGCUCUACGACGCCUUUGAAUCCAAGAACGACAUCAUCCUGGUCAUGGAGUAUGUGGAAGGCGGGGAAUUGUUUGACCGCAUCAUCGACGAGAACUGCAGCUUGACGGAGCUCGACACUGUCCUGUUUGUCAAGCAGAUAUGUGAGGGUGUACGGCACAUGCAUCAGAUGUACAUCCUCCACCUGGACCUGAAGCCUGAGAAUAUCCUGUGUGUGAAUCGGGAUGCUAAACAAAUAAAAAUCAUUGAUUUUGGAUUGGCCAGAAGAUACAAGCCCAGGGAGAAGCUGAAGGUGAAUUUUGGAACCCCUGAAUUUCUUGCCCCCGAAGUCGUGAACUACGAUUUUGUUUCCUUCCCUACAGACAUGUGGAGCGUAGGGGUCAUCGCCUAUAUGCUACUUAGUGGUUUGUCCCCUUUCCUGGGUGACAAUGAUGCGGAGACGUUGAGCAACAUUCUGGCAUGCAGGUGGGACUUAGAGGACGAAGAAUUUCAGGACAUCUCAGAUGAAGCCAGGGAGUUCAUCUCCAAGCUCCUGAUUAAGGAGAAGAGUUGGAGAAUAAGUGCCAGUGAAGCUCUCAAGCACCCCUGGUUAUCAGACCACAAGCUCCAUGCCAGACUCAAGGCACAGGUGACCAAGACCUUUUUGUUUUCCUCCUCUUUUCCUGUCUGCCUGUCUUUUGGUGAUCAGAAGCUACAUCAUUUUAACCUUUCAUGA